GGUCUCGGUAAAUUUCAUAAUUCAGUCCUGACGUCAGGACGCCUAUAAAACUAAGCAAUGGUUUUUAACUCGUCGGCUGACUGAUCUCUUUGGGAAAAAAAAAUCUAUCAAUCCUUGGGUGGAGUUUUUUCCUCCCAUUUCCACUAGGCAACUAUUUGGCCAGGACACGUACGUGAACCUCCUCAAAUUGGCGCACUAAUCCUAAAAGGAGCCAUGAAGUGUUAAACGGUAGAAACAGAGAGAGCGGCACUCAGACACCCGCACGCUGGGAGAGAGGGAGGAAACAGCGCUGCUCCAAUGCGUCUGUGCAACACAGAUUGAAGAGAGAGAGAGAAAAAACUUAUCGACUCACAAAACCAGAACCUGCGCUGCGCAAUUAGUGCGAGAGAACUCACUUUUCCUUCGGUUUUGAAGAAAAUAAAUAAAUAAAUCAAGCUGGCUCAGUGCAUGUCUCAGCAGCCUACUUUGACAGGUGCUCCUCACCCCCUUUGGAGGACUGUCAACAGCAAGAGGAUGGCAUCAGAGCUGGCAAUGAGCAACUCCGACCUGCCCACCAGUCCCCUGGCCAUGGAAUAUGUUAAUGACUUCGAUCUGAUGAAGUUUGAAGUGAAAAAGGAGCCGGUGGAGCCCGAUCGCAGCAUCAACCAGUGCAGCCGCCUGGUCGCCGGGGGAUCCCUAUCUUCCACCCCGAUGAGCACGCCUUGCAGCUCGGUUCCCCCCUCUCCAAGCUUCUCGGCGCCCAGUCCGGGAUCAGGGAGCGAACAGAAGACGCACUUGGAAGAUUUCUACUGGAUGACCGGGUACCAGCAGCAGCUGAACCCCGAAGCUCUGGGCUUUAGCCCGGAGGACGCCGUAGAGGCACUGAUCAGCAGCAGUCACCAGCUCCAAACCUUCGACGGCUAUGCCAGAGGGCAGCAGUUCGGCGGCGCAGCCGGGGCAGGAGGCGCCAUGGCCGGGGAGGAGAUGGGAUCAGCGGCCGCCGUGGUGUCCGCGGUCAUCGCCGCCGCCGCAGCCCAGAACGGGACUCCCCACCACCACCACCAUCACCACCACCACCAUCAACAGGGGCACACCACCCGUCCUCCGGUCCCCAGUCCGGCGGCGGCAACGGGGGGCAACCACCAGCACAUGCGCCUGGAGGAGCGCUUCUCGGACGAGCAGCUGGUGACCAUGUCGGUGCGGGAAUUGAACCGGCAGCUCCGGGGGGUCAGCAAGGAAGAAGUCAUCCGUCUGAAACAGAAGAGGAGGACGCUAAAGAACAGAGGCUAUGCGCAGUCCUGUCGGUACAAGCGCGUCCAGCAGCGGCACGUCCUGGAGGGGGAGAAGACGCAGCUCAUGCAGCAGGUGGACCACCUCAAGCAGGAGAUAUCCCGGCUGGCCAGGGAGAGGGACGCCUACAAGGAGAAAUAUGAGAAGCUGAUCAGCACCGGCUUCAGAGAAAACGGGGGCUCCAGCAGCGACAACAACCCUUCAUCUCCGGAGUUUUUCAUGUGAGUGUCGGCGCUGAAAAAGUUUUUAAUAGGCGAACUUCACACUGAAACACACAGAAAACUUCUAGUUUGCGCGCAGUUUAAAAGACGGUUGUGUGUGUUUGAUAGAAACUGUCGGUUAAAUCUGCUCAAGUUCAAAGCAAAACAAAAAAACUGUUCUCUGUCAUUUCAACGGCAUUUUCAUGUCUAAACGAGGAUUCUGUUUGAUACAAGUAAAUAGGUUCCGCACAUUUUGAAGAAUCCAAGUCCGCUUCUUAAUGUUUGUCUGCAGACAUUUUGCGUAAAGGAGCCUCUCUCUGCGCCUAUUCUCCUUUCACGCAAAUUUGUUGACUGGAAAAGCAACUAAUUCUCCAGGCUCAGCAGCUUUGUUUUAUGUUUAUUUUAAAUAUAUUUAGAUAUUCAUGAUAUCAUUGUCACACCACUCAUUUGAAUUGUUUUGUGAAAAAUAUCCAAACUCAGCCACUUCAAAAGUUUGGAGACGGUUGAAAGUGAAACCAUGCAUGCUGGUCAUGUACGGCUGCUGUUUUAACUGUUCUUUUUCUGUUUUUCUUUUCCUUUUGUGAACUUGUGUGUAAUUGUUGUUUUGUAUAUCAUGACUGCCUUGUUCCGCUCCAUUACUUAAUAUUUAAAGUUGAUUGUGGCCAAGACAUAGGUUUCUGUUGGAGCCACGUGGGGAAUAUGACUGUAGAGCAACUUUGUACUCAGUAUUGAUUUAUACUAAAGGCCCGACAGAAAACACAGAGGAUGAGCUCAUAGAAUCAGUAAUAUUCUUCCCUGAUUAACAAAAAGAUCAAAAGAUUAAUCAACAGGUGGGACUGAUGAUAAAAUACCAAAAUGAGAAAUACAUAAUUUGCUUUAAUUAGACCAAAAUAACAGUUUAUUUGUUGCAUCAAAUUAUUUAUAAGCUGUUUAAGUAUUUAUCUUUCAUUAAGAAACCCAAUAAUGUCCAUUUAUUUUAUUUAUGAAAUAAACCGCAAUGUUUAAAGUGAAGGUGAAGAAUGCAUUCAUUUAUCACUCAUCAAUAAACCUUCAUGAAUGGAAAACAAA